GCGGGCCGGCGCACCCGGGGCCGCGCCGCGCUGCGUUGCCCCCGGCGCCGCCCGCGGUCAGCCGGGGCCCGGCCGCCGGCCGCCGCCAUGGCGGAGGAACAGGCCUGCUGCGCCGUCAGCGUCUCCGGCCUGCCCGCCGGCCCCAAGGCGGCCGCCGGCCCCUGGAGCUGCAGCGGGGUGGUGCUGAGCCGCGGCCCCGGGCUGGUGCUGUGCCAGGGCGCCGUCUUCACCCCCUUCCUGCGGGACGGCCCCGCCGCCUGGACCCGGCCCCGCGCCCUGAUGCCCGACGCCCUCCAGCCUCGCCCGCGCCUCCAGGUCCUACAGCCGCCGGCGCCCCCGGGCCCCGACGCCCCGGCGGCCUCGACAGGCAGCGUGCGGCGGCACGAGGCACGGCUGCUGGCGCUGGUGCCCUGCGGCGCCUUCCGGCGGGCGCUGGCGCGGGCCUUCGGCACGGCGGAGCAGUGGCGCUUCGGCGGGGAGGCGGCGGGGGACGACCCGCGGGCCCUGCACUGGUUCGCCUGGCUGCGGGUGCCCGGCCUGGACCGCCCGGGCGGCGGCUGGACGGCCCUGGCGAGCGCCGGCCGCCUGCGCAAGGGCGAGGGGCUACUGGCCUGCGGCUCCCCCUUCGGCGCCCUCUGCCCCGACCUCUUCCUCAACACGCUGAGCAGGGGCGUAGUGAGCAACCUGGCUGGGGAGGAGAACGCCCUCGUCCUGACGGAUGCCCGCUGCCUGCCUGGCACCGAGGGCGGCGGCGCCUUCCUGCCCUCGCCUGCCGGGCCGCGCCUGGUGGCCGUCAUCGCCGCCGCCUUCUGCUGGAGGGGCGCCGAGUGGGUCGGGCUGACGCUGCUCUGCUCCCUGGCCGCCAUCCUACGCAGCAGCACCGGCGUCCUGAGCGCGGUCGGGGCCGCAGGGCCACCGGGGCCGGGGGCCGCGGUGCAGACGGGCAGCCUGUGGGCCCCCCUGGGCUGGGCGGCGCUGGUGGAGUGCGGGGCGGCGUGGGGCUCGGGCGUGCUGCUGGGCCCCCGGCUGCUCCUCACCUGCCGGCACGUGGUGGAGGCGCGUGUCCCGCUCCAUGUGACACUGGCGCCCGGCCCCGGCCGGGCUGCUGCCGGCCUUGGGGGCCGCGUGGUAUUCGCCACCGAAGAGUCGUCCCCCUUUGACGUGGCGGUAGUGGAGCUGGAGGAGAGCGUGCCGGGCUUCAUCCCCCCAUGCCUGGCAGACACCUUCCUCCCAGGUGAGGAAGUGACUGUGGUGGGCUUCGGGGCUCUGGGACGGGCGUGCGGCCCCUCAGUGACAGCGGGGGUCCUCUCAGCCGUGGUGGUGGUGGCCGGGCGCCCCGUCAUGCUGCAGACCACCUGCGCUGUUCAUGGAGGGUCCAGCGGCGGCCCUCUCGUCUCCUCCCGCAGUGGACACCUCCUCGGGAUCGUAGCCAGCAACACCCGGGACACUGAUGCAGGGGCCAUCUACCCCCACCUCAACUUCUGCAUCCCCGUCACCAUCCUGCAGCCCCCCAUCGCACGCUACCUCCACACCGGCAACCCCGAUGCCUUUGCCGGGCUCAACCAGGCGGGUGAGGGGGUGCAGGCGGCCUGGCGGCUCCAGCGGCAGCCAGGACCCCCCAGCAAGCUCUGACCCGCCUCCCAGGGGACUUGUGCCAGGGACAGGGCUGCCACCUCCCUUCUUAGGCCCCAGUGGUGUGAGGGCCGAGCGCCUGGAUCCUGGGGUGGGGGGCAUGGUGCGGUGCCUUUGCCAGCUGCUGGCAACCCCAGACUGGCUGGGGAGGAGUUUGGGGUUGGUUUUGUUUUAUUUUCUUUUCUCCCUGGAGCCAUAAAUGCUGUGAGCUGAG